AUGGCCAAAUCAUUAAGAUCUAAAUCAAAAUUAAGAGCUAAAUCAGUCAAGCGUAAAGGAGAAUUCAGCAAGUUCGUAGAUGACAGAAAUAAGAGAAUUGCUGAUAAGUUAGCAAAAGAAACCGUUAAACAAGAUGAAGCCAAAAAGGAAGAGACUGUUGAUGACAAGCCUGAAGAAGAUAUGGAAGUCGAUAAAUCUGAACAAAAGGUAAGUACUUCGGGUUGGAGAGAUUCUAGAAAACAAAUAUAUAAACAAAGAACUCUUAAGAAGAAGAAGGGAAAGACUCUUAAGUUUUAA